AUGGCAUCAGUGACACUAAUAAAUUACACAGAAAAUAAAUGGCAAAUCAAAGAUAGCGGUCAAGCUGCCUUUGGAAAUUAUACAGGUAAACGACCAGAUAAAGGUAAAGAACCAGGUAAAGGUAAAGGACCAGGUAAAAGUAAAGGACCAUGUAUAGGUAAAGGACCAGUUAAAGGUAUAGAAACAGGUAAAGGUAAAGGACCAGGUGAAGGCGAAAGACCAGGUAAAGGUAAAGGACCAGAAAAAAGACCUGGUAAAGGUAAAGAACCAGGUAACAGAAAAGAUCAGGUGAAGGUAAAGGAUCAGGUAAAGGUGAAAGAACAGGUAAAGGUAAAAGGUUUAAGUAAAGCAGCAGGUAAACGUCAAAGACUAAGUAAAGGUAAAGGACCAGGUAAAAGUAAAGAGUCACAUAAAGGUUAA